UUUCAACGGUUGCUGCGUCAAGCUGUGUUGGCCGUCACCGACAAAUGAAAAGAAUAACGCGAUAAAACAAAAAACUAAAACAAAUAUGUUAAAACAAACAUUUCGCGAUUUUGCGUGCAUUUCGCUUAUAUAUCUAUGCUGUUUAACAUCCAAGGAGACAAAUGCCUAUGGAUUUGGACGUUGCCCCAAAUAUCCAUCGAUGCCAAAGUUCAAUAUGAGUCGGGUUCUCGGUCACUGGUAUGAAGUGGAACGUUCCUUCUAUUUGCCGGAAAUUGCAUCUGGUUGCACAACCUUUGAGUUUCAGCCGUAUAAUAAAGCGGAAUUAUCAAAAUUUAAUAACUUUAAAUUGGAGGUAGCCAUUAAAACAAUAAAUCGCAUAACUGGCAAUCCAAAUGUGAAUCUGGGCUAUGCCACACCCGAGAACAGUCGCUCAUCUAUAAUGGAUUUUAAGUUCAAUACACGUUUCCCGGAGGUUAUAGCCCGACUUUUACCUGGUUCUGGCAAAUAUCAAGUUCUUUAUACGGAUUAUGAAAAUUUCGCCAUAUUAUGGUCAUGCGGCAGCAUUGGUUCUCUGGGUUAUUCGGAUCAAAUUUGGAUAUUGGGUCGUGAGCGUGACUUUGUGGUCGAUAUACGGACAAAGAUCUAUGAUGUACUCAAACGUUUGUCCCUGGAUCCAGAGAGAUUGGUCAUUAGUAAAAACAAAAUGUGUCCCGAAGUGUUAUGAGAAGAAAAUCACUCAAGACACCUCGAUUGACUUUGAGUAUUUUUUUGUCUAUAUAUUUAUGUAUAUUAAGUAAAAUUAUUUUGAAUUUAGGCUGCUGUGAUAUAUAUUUGGAGAGAACUGAUGAUGAAAAAUAUACAAAAAUCAGAAUACAACAACAACAAAAACAAAAAGCAAAAAAGAAUUUGUGAAAAAUUGCAGGUAAACUCGAGCACGACUUGGGGAUCUUUUUUUUUUGUUUCGUUUGUUGAUCCGCGUCAAUAAUGAUUUGCAAUUAUGAUAGUAAUACUAAUUGAUUUGCAAUAAACAAAAUGUCUCCAGAAGAUCUCACUCUUGUUCGGGUUUUUCAAAUUUCAAUCAGUUCAGUUGCAAUUGUCAAGAAAAAAAGGUCUAGAACAAAGCGCAAAAAUGAAAAGUUUCGAAUUAUUUUUGAUUUUAGCCUUUAUCGGUAGUUUUUUAAUUCAGUGUGAAGGACGCGGAGGUGGAGGAGGUGGCGGUGGCCAUGGCGGAGGUGGUGCCGGCCAUGGAGGAGGAUUUGGCGGUGGCCAUGGAGGAGGAUUCGGAGGCGGCAGAGGUGGUUUCGGUGGAGGCGGCAGAGGUGGUUUCGGCGGCGGUGGAAGAGGUCCUCCUGGUCAUGGUUUCGGAGGCGGUGGCUAUCGCGGAGGCUUUGGCUAUGGUGGCUACCGAGGAGGACUUGGCUAUGGCGGCUAUCGAGGAGGUCUGGGCUUUGGUGGCAUACUACCCGUUCCCUUGCCUGUGCCCAUACCAUAUUCUUAUAAUCGUUGCCGUCGUCCAUAUCCUUAUGGAUACUCUUCCUACUAUUACGAUGACUAUGAUUAUUAUUAUUGUUGAAUUGAUAAUGAUUUUUGAUUAUUUAUUAUUAUUAUUGUUAUUAUCAAAUAUAAUACAAAUUACAUUAAACAUAA